UAAUUAUAUUGCACUUUGCCGCAUUGGCAACAACAGUGACGAGAAAAGUCAUUUUCCGACAGAUCUAAGUGCGUCUAAACGAUAUUGGAAGGACCUAUUUAGCCACCGGGAGAAAAGAUCAGAAAGACAGUUGAUAUUUUUCAUUAAAUUAAAAGUCGUUAAAAGGCUGCGCCUAGUCGUUUAAAACCGAUGUGCUCCAAAAAGAAUUGCGCGUACACUUUCUUAAUUUUUGGACUAGUUUUUUGUAUCAUUGCUCUUGUCUGUGGUUUUGUUAUUCCAAAAAUUAUCAUUUCCAUUUUGGAUGAACGUUCAUGCGUCAACUCUAAAAAGGACUCCAACUACGAAGACCUGGUGAAAGAAAAAACGGAUGCAAUCAUCACGAAGCUUUACUACUGGGAAAUAACGAACAAAAACGAAUUUCUUUAUCAAGGUCAACUUCCAAAAUUGAAGGAAAGAGGUCCAUAUGUGUACAAACAGAAUGCGCAGAUGAUUAAUGUGAAGUUCAAUAAUAGUCAACGAUCGUGGAAAACUUGGAGAAAAUGCGCGAAAUUUGAUGAAGACAAAUCUUGUUUUGACUGCAAAGAGGAUGAUAAAAUAACGCUUUUGAAUUUGGGUUACAUAGCAACGAUGAAGGCUUUAGGUGGUGAUGAGCAGUUUGCAUUGUCUUAUUUAUCAAGAACAAUAAAAUACAUACUGAACAAGUUCAAUCAUUCCUAUGUUGAUCUUGGAAAUAUACAGCAAACUAUUUGGCUGUCGGAAUUCAAAAGUCCCGGAUUUGCUCAGUGGUUACACAGUACCCAUCCACAACUAAACCAAACAAACUUUACUAGCGUCGAGAUGAAAGGUUUAUAUGGUGUUUUGGGUAGCAAUAUCGAAAUGUUUGGCAGCACUAUGACGAAUAUGACCCUAAAAGGCGAGUGUAAUGACAACGCGGCUCGCUACGAGUGUGGAUUCCUAAUGCACAUGACUGCCCAGUUAAAGCUUCAAGCACAAAAUAAAACCAACUCGAAUUUGCUGAAAUUAAUAGAAGAUCGUUUGUGUCGUCAGGAAACAAAUCAAACCAAGUGCUUUCGACAGAUCAACUUACUUUCUUACAUUUUUCUAUAUGUGAAUCAUGUGAACUCGUUGACAAUAAAGUUGUUUAUCGAAGAUAAGUACGACAUUGUAACGACAAAGACACAAAAGGAAAUAGCAAUUGGUUAUAGGAUGAAAAACAUUAUCAAUCCACUCACUAGACGUGAAGUUGAGGUCCCAGGUUUAAUUACUGUUCACAAAAAAGAAAAUGAUGCGUUAAAAUAUGGAAAAGAGUCAACGAUUUACACUUGUAAUGCUGGGGAUGGCAAGAAACAUCAAUGGGCAGCAUUCGAUGGCAAGCGUUACGUCACUGGGAUACCAGGCGUCACGCAAGAUGAAGCUGAAGUACGCGGUUACUCUUAUAUUCUUCCUCGUUCAAAAAACACGGAUAAACCUUGUGCAUUUUCACAUGAUCUUGAUUACAAGAGCAUCGAAAUGUUCGUCAGUCAAAUAAGAAUGCGUCUUAAGUUGGAUUACCAAAGCGAAGAAACAUUUUACGGUUUAGAACUAAAGAGAUUUAUCCCCAACAAAGAACAGUAUUUAGGUCAUAGUUUGGUUAAAAAUGGUUUCAUGGAUGGCUCAACUCGAUUAAGAAUGCCAAGCUAUUUUUCGUUACCACAUAUGCUGUUUACCAAUAUUACCUCUCCAUCAUCCUUUAAUCAACAUCCUGAUAAAGGGAAACACCAACACAAUAUGGAUAUUGAACCAGUGAGUGGCUUAAUAGCCAGAGCUUUUAUCCGUCUCCAAAUUAAUAUUCCCAUUCAACCUGAGAUCGUGAAGGUGUCACGUGUCAAUGGUUCAUUCAAUAUUAGUUAUAUGUCCCAUGUCAAUGAUACACUUUAUAUGAAGAGUAUUCCAGUUCUAUGGGCAGCGUACGGUACAGAAUUGAAAAAAAGUGAUGCAGACAUUUUGAGAAAGAAGGUCAUAGGAAUUCUUGGCUUGGCUUGUGGCAUACUCAUUUCAUUGUCAAUAUUCAGUAUAAUAUUCAUUAUUGUUGGGAUCAUUCUCUAUGUUCUCACUGUAAAGGCAAAUCGAAUUUCGGAAAUGACAACUGGUUUGAAAUGAUUAUAAACUGUCUACAAUAUAUCCAUUUAAAAUUAUGAACAAUAUUGACAGUUAAAUUUUGCUUUAAGGAACAAUAUUUUAAUGAAUUUCACUAGUAUAAAUGAGCAUUUAUUCACAUUGUGAAUCAUUCUUAUCAUCGUGUUCAAAAAACCAUUUUUGUAAAUAUAUGUAAUAUUUUAAUCAAUUAGUUCGUAGCAACCCACACUAAGGUAAACAGUGAUGAUUUAGUUGGUAUUUUUACUUAACAUACCUAAAAGAAAAAGUUUAAAUAUUCAAAUAAAGGCAACGUUGUCUAAUCAAGCCAAAA